AUGUCUCCAACAGUUUCUUCAACCAAAUCGUCGUCUCACUCAGAGAUAGAACCAAGAAUAGUCGCUACAAACACACUAAUAGUUACCAAUCUCGACAGAGAAGCUUUCCGGCCGGAUAAUCUAGCAAAACUAAAGGCCCAAUUAGAACAGUACGGCUCCAUUUAUAAAUUUAUCCCUAUUAAAUCAUUUAAUAGAAUUUUGGCCGUUUACUAUAACACCGUAGAUGCGAACACUGCGAAAGCAUUUGCUGACAAGAUGUUGUUUCUGAGCAGUAAUAUUCGUAUUUAUUUUGGAAUGCAUACCCCAAUUUAUGAUACGAUCGAUGAAUCUCAGCAUCUUGAUGUACCGAAAAUCGAGAAAAAUUGGUUAAUAUCCCCACCGAUGUCGCCGCCAAUCGACUGGACACAAAUCCGCGAAGAUUCUCCAAACUCUAAUACGCUUGCCGAAGAUUUAAUUCAAGCUCUGCGAAAAGAAUCUGAUAUUAAUGUCUCUGCACGGAAUCCAUCAACGCCGUCACUUUCUAAAUUAGAUGUCCCAUAUUGGGAUCAUGACUCGACCAUAAAAGCAGGCUCUUCGAAUCUAUUAAAUGUAGCGAAUGACGUGAAUCGUAGAAGGACGCAACUUCGUCCUUCUCAGACUUAUACACCAACACCAAGGCCUCCGGUCCUUAGCGGAAUGUAA